AUGAGUUGUGUACCUGGCUUGUCAACUGUUGAAGUAAUGAGAGUAGCAAGAGCAAGCUUCAUCCACUUCUCUUCCCGGAGAUACGCUGAUGACUGCAUGCCUGCUCGUGUUUUAGGCAGUGCUCCGCUUGGCCUCUCAGACCAGGAAACCAAAGAUGUUGAGCUGGCACACCUUCUUUUAGCUUUUGCUGAAAAGGUUGCAAAGCAGCAAUAUGGUUGUGCAAGAAAACUACAGAACCUAUGCCAUUUCCUAUCUUCCAGCUGUGGAAAUUCAGUUCAAAGAGUUGUUUACUAUUUUGCCAAAGCUCUUCAGGAGAAGACUGAUAGAGAAACUGGCAGAAACACAUCUGAGGGCUCAGAAAGCAGAGAUGUACUUGCAAUGCAUUUCCAAGAAGCAAUGGCGAGUUCGACUCCUGCUUUAAUGGCAUGCUUCCUAGAAGUUCCCUUUUAUCAAAUAACUGAGUUUGCAGGGAUACAAGCAAUUGUUGAAAGUGUAGCAUCAGCCAAAAAGAUUCACUUCAUUGACCUUGCAAUCAGAACUGGGGGGCACUGCAUAGUGUUGAUGCAAGCUCUUGCAACUCGAUACGAAUGCCCGAUCGAGCUGCUAAAAGUUACUGCUGUUGGAGUGACAUCAAGAGAAAAGAUGGAGGACACUGGCAGAAGGUUGGCACAGUUUGCCGAGGCAUUGAAAUUACCAUUUUCCUUCAAAGUAGCCAUGGUGAAAGAUAUCAAAGAUGUCAAUGAAGACACCUUUGAGUUAGAGGAUGGCGAAACAGCUGCAGUUUACUGCCCUCUACUGCUAUGCAGCACAAUGAGACAACCCAGUUGCUCAGAAUCUCUAAUAAAAGUACUCAGAAACCUCAACCCCCAUCUGAUGGUGAUCACCGAAAUCGAAGCAAAUCACAACUCACCAACUUUCACAAACCGUUUCAAUGAAGCACUCUUGUACUAUAGUGCUUAUUUUGAGUGCCUUGAUGUCUGCAUGGACAGAGGCAGCGCCUACAGGAUGGAAUUGGAGGAAACAUAUUUGAGCCUUGAGAUAAAAAAUAUCAUUGCUAGCGAAGGCAAAGAGAGGAUAAUCCGGCGCAUGAAAAUCGAUGCCUGGAGGACUUUGUUUGCAAAAAGUGGAAUGGUGGAAGCAGAGCUCAGCUUGUCAUCCUUGUACCAAGCAGACCUCGUGGCUAAACAGUUUGCUUGUGGGAGUUGUUGCACAUUGGAUGCUAAUGGGAAAGGCCUUAUUGUUGGAUGGAAAGGAACACCAAUUCUCUCUCUUUCUGUUUGGAAGUUCCAUGCAGUCAAUGCUAAGACUGCUAAAUAUCUCAUGUAA